AUGUUGAGGACAUGUUCACUUCCAGAUCUCUCAAAGCUGUUCAGAACCCUGAUGGAUGUUCCCACUGUAGGAGAUGUUCGUCAAGACAAUCUUGAAGUAGAUGACAUUGAAGAUGAGCACAUUAAAGAAGGACCUUCUGACUCUGAAGACAUUGUGUUUGAAGAAACUGACCCGGAUUUACAAGAGCUUCAGGCCUCGAUGGAGCAGUUACUUAGGGAGCAACCUGGUGAAGAAUACAGUGAGGAAGAAGAGUCGGUCUUAAAGAACAGUGACGUAGAGCAGACUGCAAACGGGACAGAUCUGGCAGAUGAGGAUGACAAUCCCAGCAGUGAAAGUGCCCUAAAUGAAGAAUGGCACUCAGAUAACAGUGAUGGUGAGACUGCUAGUGAAUGUGAAUAUGAUAGUGUCUUUAACCAUUUAGAGGAACUGAGACUUCACCUUGAGCAGGAAAUGGGAUUUGAAAAGUUCUUUGAGGUUUAUGAGAAAAUAAAGGCUAUUCAUGAAGAUGAAGAUGAAAAUACUGAGAUUUGUUCAACAAUAGUUCAGAACAUUUUGGGAAAUGAACAUCAGCAUCUUUAUGCCAAGGUUCUUCAUUUAGUCAUGGCAGAUGGAGUCUAUCAAGAAGAUAAUGAUGAAUAAUCUUCAGACAUUCUUUAAUGCUCAACUGUAUGAAAGCAUUUGAAUUUGGCUCAUCAGAAUAACAAGCUUCAGUGGGAAAUAAAGCAGCUAUUUAUAAGAAAUAUCGAAUUUAAGAUGGGCAUGCUUAUUGCAUGAAAAAGAUGGAGAAACAUGCCGUUUUUCAAUUAAGAUUCUAGUGUUUUAUUUUUGUUUUGUUUGUUGAGUUCUAUAGUUAAAUCCUAUAGAAAAUAGACUUUAUUAAUCAUUCAACCAAAGCAUAAGAGACAUUGAUACAGAACUGGACUUAAUGGUUUUGAAGAUUUACUAUGCAAUAAGUUAAUUUUGAUUUUCAGCAUGUGUCUUUAGGUUGGAGAAAUUACCUAUGUCAUGAAAGACCUGCCUAUGGUUUUUCAUUUAAGUAUUUUAGCAUGACCUUUUUUUCUGUCUAGUACUUGUUUUCAUCCAGGCCAACAAUUGUGCGUUUAAAUAAACUUGUCAAGGGCUCUAUUUAAAUCUUUACAUUUGGAAGAUGGAAUUUUUAGCCUUAAAGUUUAUAUUUUCAAGUCCUUUUCAGCCAGUGUGUCUCCUGAGCUAGCUCAUGGAAACAGGCUGUAGAAAUUAUUGAAAAUUUGGAUUAUGAAAGAAUAGGAAAAUUAUAUUUACUGAUAUUGUAGAAGUUGGUUAAUUCUAUUUCUGUGUAAUGACCAAAACCAAGAAUAUGGUAUCUAAAAAUUAGCCUGUGAGUUUUAACACUGACCUAGCAUGUAGCAUAAAGUUGCCCUCUUGGUUUUUAACUUCCUCUCAUGCCUGUGCUUCAGGGGCAAUAUGAGAUUUAAAAGGAGAAAGGAAUCAUUUUUAUUUUGACACUGUGACAGUUUUGGUAAAUAGUAUCGCAAAGGGGGGAAUGUUUGCCUCUUUUACUUAUUUCCAUUAUGUGAGGAUUUAGCUAGAUCAUUAAGAUGAUUGUUACAAGCUUCAAUUGCAAUAUGCAAAGUAUUAAUGGUUUCAUUACAGAAGUCUACAGUCCAGAUGUUUUUAGUAAUAAAAGCAGAAUUUUUGAAUCUCUAAGGACAAUCAGCUUGAUUGGCAUAAUCUACAAUUUGAAAAAUAAAAUCCUAUCUUGCAGCACUAUCA